AUGUCAAAAGCCAACAAUUCUUCAACACAGGCCAAAAAACCCCAACAAAAGAAAGUAGCGAAGAAAGUGAAAAAAACUCUUGCAAACCCUUUUUCUCCGAAAUUCAAAAUUUUGUCUUCGGAGCAACAAAACAAGGUUUUGAAAUUAAUUCAAGAAUGCCCUUUUCACAAUAUUAUUUAUGAAGUGAAUAGAAUUUCUGAAAUUAUUUCCAGUCCUCAAUCACAUCAAAUUGAAUUAGUAAUUUUUCCAGAUGCAAACUAUUUGCAAAUUAAUCCUAUUCAAAUAGACUUCCUUAUAAAUCAAUGCUCCUAUGCGAAAAUACCGUUUAUUAAUUUAGAAAUUAACGUUCAGUCAUUUACUGAAGUUUGUAAGAAACAUUACUCUUCUCUGAGUUUACAUCCCAAUAACUUUCUGAAAGCUAUUGCUUUUGAAUCCACUCACGAUGAUACAUCUAUGGACCCGCAGCAAAGUCAAUAUAAUAUUUUGGAGCUGUUAUACCAAGAAAAUGUUUAUGGUCCAUCUAUUCCUAGAGAAGAUCUUUUUUAUGUUCCUCCAUUCAUCAGUUCCUCAUUCCAAUACGAGCCAGCUCAUGUCGAAGAUGUCAAGCCAUUAAACCCCAUCAAAAAAGUUUGA